AUGCCAAAGAUGAAAAAGUGUUGUUGCUGUUUAAAUUUAAAACCUGGAGUACUAAUCAUUUCUGUAAUUGAGUUGUUAGUUAUUGCUUUAGCUAUAUUCGCAACAAUCGUAGCAUUAUGUAAUCAUCCUCAAAGAUCUGAUUCAGUUUAUACCUUUAAUAAGGAAUUCUCGAUAGUAUCAUUGAUUGUAUAUUUUCCGUUGUUUGUUGGUUUCUUCUUUGGACUUUUCGUAUCUAUACAAGAAAGACGAGUAGACCUAAUUAAACGUUACGCAUUAAUUAUAUACGCAUAUAUCUUUGUCUCUGUAGCAAUGUAUAUAGCGUCUAUUAUUAUUACAAUGAACCAAAGAAAAAAAUAUUGUAAAAAGCAUCCUGAAUAUGAUUGCACUGACUUAGUUCUGAUCGUAUAUUUUGCUCGAGUUGUAUCCGCUUAUGCAGAACAAACCGAAUUACUUCUCAAACAGAAUACUCCUCAAAAUACAACUGAUCAAGUACGUGUAACUUUCGCUCUUUUACCUAAUAAACGUGUUAGAGUAACUGGACAAUUUAAUACUGAUUUACCGAUUCCAAUCCUACAAAUUAUAAAAUUAGAAAUUUCUAUAGACCUUUAUGUCCUUACUAUGUAG